AUGUCGGACAAAAAGAACGAGGACUACGAGCUUCGCAGCUCAGAGUCGUUUGGCGAGAAGGAUGGCUUCCUGUCUCGACCCCCCCCAAGGCCGAGGCCUGCGCUUGCUUCGCCAAUCAGCAAAAUCGACAACAGCCCAGGUAUCGCCAUUCUUGCCUACUGCCUCUCCUCUAUCAGUAUGACGGUCGUCAACAAGUACGUCGUGUCCGGCCAGUUCUGGAACUUGAACUUCUUGUAUCUCGCCGUUCAGUCCGUCGUUUGUAUCCUUACCAUCACUGUGUGCAAAAACCUCGGGAUGAUAACAAACCUGGCUCCCUUCGACACCGACAAGGCAAAGAAAUGGUUCCCCGUUUCUCUACUUCUGGUCGGCAUGAUUUACACUGGUACCAAGGCCUUGCAAUUCCUCUCCGUACCCGUCUAUACCAUUUUCAAGAACCUCACCAUCAUUGUUAUUGCCUACGGCGAGGUAUUGUGGUUCGGCGGCAAUGUCAGCCCCCUUGCUCUGCUGUCUUUCGGCUUGAUGGUUCUUAGUUCUGUCGUGGCCGCAUGGGCAGAUGUUGCACAUGCAUUGGGCGGUGGCUUCCAGACGGCCGAGGCUUCGGCCGCCGUUUCCACCCUGAACGCUGGGUAUGCUUGGAUGGGCAUGAACGUGUGCUGCACAGCGGCGUAUCUGCUGAGCAUGCGCAAGGUCAUCAAAAAGAUGAACUUCAAGGACUGGGAUACCAUGUUCUACAACAACUUGUUGACCAUUCCCGUUCUCAUCGUCUGCACCCUUGUGGCGGAGGAUUGGUCAUCGGCGAACAUCCAAAAGAAUUUCCCCGUCGAGACUCGCAACAGCCUUUUCAUCGGCAUGAUCUAUUCGGGUUUGUGCGCCGUUUUCAUCUCGUACUGUUCGGCGUGGUGCAUCCGCGUGACGUCGUCGACGACGUACUCGGUAGUCGGUGCUCUUAACAAGCUUCCUAUCGCCCUCAGUGGUCUUGUUUUCUUCGAUGCACCGGUCACUUUUGGCAGCGUAUCAGCCAUUGUCAUCGGAUUCGUCAGCGGAAUCGUCUAUGCAUGGGCCAAAAUUCGACAGACGGAGGCUUCCAAGAUGUCCUUGCCGACGACACAGCCCAUGAGCGCGAGUGCCCAAAGCAACAGAGACGCCAACAAGUAA